UCUAAAAUGGCUCUUGUAUUCUCUUCGUAACAAAAGAUUUGGGAAGGGAGUUAAUGUAAUACUAAUAAAAAAGGACGAAUUGCUCAAGUAAAGAAUGUUAACCAGAUUUUACAUUUAACAAAACAAAACUAUAAUUUGAAAAAAAAAUCCAGUACUUCUGCUGCAAAAACAGCUGUUCUUGAAAUGAACAUCAUUUAUCAUCUUUUUUAGUUUGAAAUUUCCAACAAUAUUAAAUAUAAUGUUUUUUAGAACUAAGUUUUUGUGUCGUAUUAAAUAGAGUUGUUCAUGUUUUUAGUAUAACACAAGCUUGGUCAUGUGACCAGUUUCCACAACACAAUCAACUCUUCAACUUUGCCUGUGAAGACUGUCGGUGAAUGCGGCAGUGCGAGUGGUAGAGUGGUAGAGUUAUAGUAGUGGGUGGCGGCGAGGACAACUUUAUACAGACUUUGACAAAACUUGUAGUUUUCUGUAAACGUUCUCAGCGAAGUGUGCAGGUCUGCUUUCGUUUUGGGAUUUUAAAGAAAAGAGAGGGAAAGGUAAAGGGUGAGAGUCAGUGAGAGUGAAAAGUUUUUUUUAUUCUUGGAGUAUUGUCACUCUAGAAUCUACAAGAUCUGCUAUUGUUUUUUAUUCGUUUUGUGAAGGCUGACAACGAUGGAUGGGUGCCAGUCUUGAGGAUCAAAGAAUCUGAGAUUGUUGAUAUUCGGACAAUAUGACAUCAAAGGAAAGCUAACUGCUUGAGUGGGGAACAGAGACACAACAUUCUCGUCAUGGCUCAGUACGUCUUCGCCCGCCGCGGAUAUAACGGCAUCACCCGAGUCGACAUGGAAGACUAUUUUGACGAUGUGGAGCUGGAGAGUCUGUAUCAGUGGGUGGACAGAGUGCCCUUGUCCCGGCCCAAGAAAAACAUCGGAAAGGACUUCUCAGAUGGAG